GUCCAGAUCCUGAUAAUCCCGCCCACGCUGCCUUGCUUACUCGUCCCUAUCGCCGAGGAACAGCUCACUCCCUCUCUCUGUCUCUUUAGUUAUUUCUGUCUGCCUUCGCGACUCUGUUCGUUGUUAGUCCUCGAGGUUUGUUUGGGUCUGCGGAGACUUGCGUUAAGCAAGGACGAGUUGAACAGAGCCCCGAGGCCUGGUCAGAACAUUUGCGUUUGGAGUGCCAGUGUGAAGUGGAGCAGUUCUGAAGUGAACUUGGUUCUCUCUGGGCGUGACUCCGACGGACGGAUUUGUUGAGGGGGCGAAAAGUGUAAUCGAGGUUUGUCGAUCGUGUUGUUGAUUAGGAGGCGCAAUGUCAGGACGAGGAAAGGGAGGAAAGGGGUUGGGGAAAGGUGGUGCCAAGCGUCACAGGAAGGUUUUUAGAGAUAACAUUCAGGGUAUCACCAAGCCUGCCAUUCGGAGGCUUGCUAGGAGAGGUGGAGUAAAGCGUAUCAGUGGUCUGAUUUAUGAGGAGACUCGUGGUGUGCUGAAGAUUUUUCUGGAGAAUGUCAUUCGUGACGCGGUGACGUACACCGAGCACGCUCGGCGGAAAACUGUCACUGCUAUGGAUGUUGUCUACGCCUUGAAGAGGCAGGGAAGAACCCUGUACGGGUUCGGAGGCUAAGAAGCCAAUUGCCUCGAUUGUACUGAAUUAUACAUUGUCCAUUCAAAAGCUGGUGUGUGGAAUUCGCGAGCGUCUGAGCGGGUGCACCAUCAACCUCAUUCUCUUCGUUACAGUUAGGGUUUCUUCUACAUGUGGACCCUGUCAGAUAACCUCGCCCGAGGUUGUGAAUAGUCUUAAGUUCAUAGUUACGAGAUGCAACGAUGGCCCAGUUGCAUUGUCCUGAGCAGAAGUAGCCUCACGAUGUACAGUAUGACAAUCAAUGUGACACACCUUCAAAGUUAACGGAAUACAUCAUGUUUUGUUCUCUACCGUC